AUGGUGGGGCAUUUACAUUUUCAAGCUAUGGAUGAGAGUUUGAAAGGAAAGAACAGGAGGACUGCAGUAGUCGGUUCAGGACUCCCUCCAGCCCCAAGUCCGCCUUCUUCUCUCUGUCACGGGAGUUCUCGAGAGUCGCGCUCCGGCAGCUGCUCAGCCCCAAACGAGCUGCAAAGAUACUGCAGAAAAGGCCGGGAAGGCAAACUGCUGCCAUACUUGCUCCUAAACUCUCAAGGUCCAGAUGCGAAGUCACGCAUGUACCCUGUGGUCCACGGAGAGAGCAUCGAGGUUAACCCCAAACCAGAAAAAGAGAUCAAGUUCAACUCUGCGGUGAAGUACGCUUCAGAAAGACACUUCCGUGACCAGGUGUUCUGCGCCCAGGUCCCGACCGCCACAUCCUUCAGCGAGACGGUGGUGGCCGUUCACAACUGCACGCGUGGGCGCAGCUACAAGUCAGAGGUUCACACCGAGCCACGGCACAGGGCGCUACACUAAAGCACCACCAUCGUGUUCCCCAAACACACCCGGAAUACAUACCGCACCACGCUCAACUACAACGGCAACAGAAACACAGCCGGCGCGGGUUUUGUGUUCACAGUCAGGCUGGAGUACGAGGACGCCAGCCCAUGCAUCAUUACACAGAAGACCUCUGAGAGACGCGUGAUCCUUCCCAGAAUUCAAAAACUCCCUUUGGUUAGAGAGCUACGAGAACGUGGAGAGUUUCAGGAGCCGCCCGACGUGCUGAUAAUUCAGUGGCCAAAAUAA